AUGGUGCCAGCCCCUUUCCCACAUGCGCCCUGGGUCAAGCCGCAGGUUGAUGGCGAGGGAUGGUCUAUUGCGAGAGGUCGCCGUGGCCAGGCUCAAGUCUCGAGCUUCGCCUGCCCAUCCUGCGGUUGCAAGAAGAGCAGCGUCAAUGCCUCGCAUUGCAAGCACUGUGCUCAUCCUCUCCCUCGGCUGUUUCAUGGUGAUGGGCCACCUGCUGGAGGACGCUGGGCCGCGGCUGGCCCCCCUGGCUUCUGGUACGGGAACGGCUUCAGCGGCAAGGGGCCCGUCUUCCAGAACUUCGGGGGCAAAGGUGGAGGCCGUGGGCCCAGUGGCAAAGGCAAAGGUAAGGGCUACUUUGGCGGCGACCAGACGAUGUGGGAUGUGCUGGCCCAUCAAGGAGAUGCGCGUGCUGGCGGAGCAGGAGGAGGCACUCCUCCACUUCCUGUGGGACCAGCGCCUGCCAUCACAGCGGCCGAGGCCAAGGCCUUGGGCGAAUCGCUCCAGAAGGCGGGAGAUGUCGGAGCGGCUGCCAAGUACCUUGACAUGGCGAAGCAUCUGGAAGCGGCAGCGAAGCCUGUGGUUGUCUCGGACCACACGCGGAGGCAGCAGGCUCACUCCAUGGUGCGCAAGCUGGAGAAGCAAAUGGAGCAGCAGCUGGGCCGUGUCACGCGUCUUCGGGAACAACUCGUCGAAGCGGAAGCUUCGCUGCGGUCGCUUCGGGUUCAUCUCGACCAGGCGGAUUUGGACUACAAGCAGACGUUGGCGGCCCUGCAAGGGCCCCCUCAGCCAACAGAGGAGCGGACUCAGUCGAUUUCUUUCAAGCUCGAGGAUUUGGUGGCAGGCGAUGUGGAUUUUGCCAAGAUCAUCGACUGCAGCCACAUGCUGGAGGAUCUCACGACGGACAAUGACGUGGACGUGGCUGACCUCGAGCAGUUCCAGAAAAGGAAGGAGGACCUCUCGUCUGGGGUCACCAAGUUGGCCAGGGACCUCUUCGCUCAGGUCGCAUCGCAUGCUAAGGCUCUUCGUGAACAGCAUGAAGCUCAUCGGCUUCGAGAUGCUGCUGCCGCGGCUGGAGCUGGAGCAGGGGCGCCUUCUGAAGGUGCCAAGGCCGCUGCGUCAGCUGCGGGGGCGGCCGAGGCUGGCCAGGCCUCGGCUGCACCGCAAGAGGACAUUCGAGCCAAGAAGCAGUAUUGCGUGAAGGCUGGUGAAGCUCUGCGUGAAGGUUCUCCAGUCGCACGAUUGCCGCAAUCCGAUGCCAUUUUUCCUGGUGCUAGCUCCGCCAGGGCCUGGUCCUGCAUGAGGCCCGUCCCAGAUGACGAACGGCUUCCAGUGACCUCAGCCCCCACGCCAGCUGCCCAGGGUGCUGCCGACGGCUGCAUCAGGCUUGACGAGGGUCUUCUCGUGACUACAGUGAACGCCAACUCCUGGGGCACUCUCAAGAACUUUCUAUCCUCGGCCAGUUCGCAUGUGGUUAUUGCUCAGGAACAUCGGCUUAAAGAUCCCUGUGCUCUGGACCAAGCUUCGAAGUCGUCCAAGUUUCUGGGAUGGAAAACGCUGGAGGAGGCGUAUCUUCGGGAGUUUGCGUCUGUGUUCGAGAUGGCCUUGGGCUUUUCGAAGCUGCUGGGAAUGCUGUUCUCGUUCCUGGUCGAGCUAUCGCCACCAUGGUUCACGUUCCAGGGUGAGGCUGGACGACAGGUGCUCAACUCGAUCCUCCAGCCUCCGUCGGCCGUGGCGGUGCAGGAGAGCUCUGAGUUCCACUCGCUCUUCAAGGCCAGUGCGGCCCUAGCUAGAUGCGCCUUUUCUCCUGUGCUGGAUCCUGAGCUCGGCUCUGAUCUGGACGACCUGAUCGAUCAGGUAGCUCAAGCCGUCGCCGCUGCUAAGGCGCUCCACCGAGCCAUCACGGCGACGCUCGAGUGCAAGCUGGCCAUGGACAAAGUGGGGAUGAUCAGCAACUCCCCUGAUGUUUCCAGAAAGCUCACGGAGACCCUGGGGCCUCCUGUUGGACCAGCCUGCUCUCGGGUUACCAAUCUGGGCUCGGAUUUCACUUCGGGCAGACCUGUUCGUUCCAAAGGGCGCUCGGCCAAAUUGAAAUCUAGAGCUGCGGCUACGCUGAGGAAGACCAAAAAGCUGAAGGGCUUCCAGCAGGUCCUUGGCCGCAAGUGCUUGAAGGUCUUCGCGGCGGGACCGAUGGCGGGAGCUGUGUACGGCUCUGACUUGUUUGGGAUUUCGGACAGGGAGCUUCUUAAUCUCAGAAGGAUGGCCAUGUCGACGGUUGAACCCAGAGCCCAGGGCAGGUCCCUCAGUGUCUUGUGUCUUCUCUCGGAUGACCCUACGUGGAGGGGCUGUUGCGCGCCUGUCAUCCGCUGGGCCAAGGAGGUCUGGACCCUGCACACUCAUGGGUUUCCCUGGACGUUGAGCUGGGCCGAACUCAGGGACGGCUGGAGCGCUGUCUCUGCGUCGGAUGACCACUCUUGGUCCAAAGUGGCUGGGCCGAUUUCUGCCCUGCGUGUGACCUGGUACAGGCUGGGCUGGACCAUGCCCAAUUUUUGCACCUUUGUUGACGACUUUGGCCGCGAAAUCUCCUUGACCCUGUCGUCCCCUAAGCUUGCUUGCUGCGAGGAACCGCGGCUGCCGGUUGCCCUGCGGUCGUCGGGGGAGCUGGAGGACAAUGGGCUGAAGAUGCCGAGGCGGCUCAUUCUUGAAUAUGUUCAGCUGCUGAAGGAUAAUCCGGCGGCCAACGUCAUGGACAGGUUGAGCUUGUACAAGCGGGCCAUCUGGACAGUGGCGCGCAGGCUUGAGCAAUCCUCGAACAUCGCCCCAUCGACCUUAGACAUGGAGGACAGAUUGGGCGUUGCCUUGAAGCUGAUCCGCGCCAUUGAGCAGGGCAAGCUGUCCGCCAUCUCAGACUGUAUUCAGGCUUGCCCAGAGCUGAAGGACUACGUCAGGAACCCCUACGCCAUAGAGGGCAACCUGACCCGGAAGCUGGAGGACCUCCGGAACUUUGCCGCGGACUUGGCCAGGCAGCACGCUCUGGACGAGCUGACCAAAUCCCGCGAGGUGUUGCAAGGCACCGAUGAGUUCAAGGCAUCACGGGCAAGACAGAGAAACACGAGGCUGAUAUUCCGACUGGCUCCCGGCAGAGCUGGAGGCAUCGGGGCAGUCCAGAAGCCCAGCGGUGAAGUGGUGGUCGACUCCCAGGGCAUGGCCACUGCGUUGCGCGACCACUGGAGCGAGGUAUUCCAGAAGACGGGUGUCAACCGGGCUCUCCUGGAGGAUUGGCUGCGGGACGACGUUCAACACCGGCCGUCGACGGACUUGUCCCUCCCAGCAUUGCGCUUGAAGUGGGUCCAUUUCUUAACGGCCAUCCGCAACUCGAACAACUCUGCGCCUGGGCCAGAUGGUAUUCCCUUCCUUGCGUGGCGCCGGUGUGCCAAAUUCUCGGCCCAGAUCCUGCUAGACUCCACGCGCUGGAUGGGGGAGGUCGGAGUGGGCGGCAUCGGCGAGGAGCAGCUGAAGGCGAUGCAGUUAACUGGAAUGCCAUAUGGAUUGAUGGAUAUUGACGCCGCUGCGACUGCAGCGAAAGUACGGGCGAUGAUGCACGAGGCCAGCCAAAGCGGAGGGCUGAAUGUCCGCUCUCGGGCGCUAUACCUGAACAGCCUGCUCUCCCAGGCGGACAGCGUGCAGAAGCAUAUGCUCUAUGGCCACUGGGCUCGCAACGCCUUCGUCUUGAAUCUGGAUUCCGCCCAUUCGGCGGUGCAGAUGAGGAUCGGCACGCCGACCCCAGAGAACGCCUUGGCGGAGUUCGUCGGCUUCAUCCUUGCCAAGACUGUGAACCGCCGCAUGGCUCCUGACGAGCGGGCCGCGCUGAGGGCUUGCGCAGUUUAUGCGCUCAUGCGCACGCACGGCUCUGUUCGUGCAGACCCCCUCCGGCGCGCCGCCGGCCAGCUGCGGCGCUGCGCCCCCUCGCUGCUGACGCUCGGGGCGCUGGUCUCCGGGCUCAGCGCCGUGCGCUUCGCGCAGGAGGGCGUGUUCACUGGUGCCGUCAAGUGCGUCAUGCUGGCGGGGGUCCUGGACGGCCUGGACGGCCACACGGCGCGGUUCCUGGGGGCCGUCAGCGAGAUGGGCGCGGAGCUGGACUCGCUCUGCGACCUCGCGAAUUUCGGCGUUGUGCCGGCGCUCGUGGCGUAUUUCUGGGCGAUCAGGUUGCCUCAAGAGGCCUGCUCCUCUCAUUGGACCAUGCGCUGCUGUGGGCGGCUUGCUGCGCGUACACCUGCUGCUGCGCGGUGCGACUUGCGCGCUUCAACAUCGCCGAUAGGGCCGCCGAGAUGGACAAGCAGCUUUUCAGCAGAUCUCCCAGCGGGAGGACCACCAUUCCAGUUAGUCAGGCUUGGUACCACAACGUCUUGCAGAGGAAACUGUAUUUCCAGGGCAUCCCUGCUCCUGUGGCUGCAGCAUACGCUUUGGUGCCUAUGA